AUGUCAGCCUCUAGCAUGGCCUCACCAACCUGCGCCGCCGAGGGCGUCGUCGAGGGCAUCGCUGAAGGUCGUGAAGAAGAGUUGGCUCCGCAACAACCGGCCUCCACCUCGUCGACAGAGUCCGCAGGUGUCGUCCGCGGCCGAACUGCGAAGGGACAUGUCUUCAGCGCCAGCGUGUACCGCAAGAGAGAGACCGUCCUCCACCGCCAACUGUCCAAGGGGGCUCCGAUCCUGCAUAUCUCGAAGCGGGGCAGUGCGAAGAGCAGCAGGAAGAGCAGCGCGAAGUGCCGCGGCCGCUCCUCGAAAGCCAAUAUGGCGGCCUCUGAUAUCAUCGACGCGGUUGCAUUCCUCAUCCGACGACUAGGCAUCCCGUUUCCCUGGCACGGCGAAAUGGCAGCCGAGCUCCGCAUGAUGAUCCUGAACGAAGUCUUUCGCAAGGAGAAGGUCGGCAUCCUGCAAUACGUCAAGACCAGCCCGGGAGCCUCAAUUCUCACCGUAUCUGGAGAUCCUACGCCUGUCAUCAGCUACAGAACCAUGUUGCGCAUCAAGAGCUUCUUUGAGUCUGGGGAGGUGGAGCGCCGCUUCUGGGCCUUGGUGUCACACUUCGAGGGAGAUUGGGCGGAUAUUGUUCGUCUCUACAAGCCCGCGGCUUCGGCAACGAAGCCCACCACUCUGCCCGCCGGCAAGAUUCAGAAAGUAGUCGUUCCAAAUUUCGAGUCCAACAUCAGCAAAGCCCAGGAGGCAAUCGCCCUCCUCGAGUCGUCACCAAAGUUCGGAAGACUCGUCUUUGCCGGAAAGGUCAACGACAGCUGGGAUCAGGCUUCUGACUUCCUCCUCAGUGGCCUCGCUGACUACCUGGAGAAUCUCGCUGGUGGUGUCGGCGCGCAUGUGGCUAAUUUGAACCGCAACCUGAUGGUUGGCUUCGAAGGCGACUACGGUGGCGUAUACACCAAGAACGAGGCCGAGGUGACUAGGCUGCACGGCCUGGGCCAGCGCCCAGCUGCAGGCUUGGAUGCGGCCACCGUCGCACGGCGUUGCCGGCGUUUGGACACAAUCCUGCCGGUAGUUCUAGGCAUCUUUCCGCAAUCUAGCUGGGCGGCAAGGGCUAACAUCGAGGCCUGUGCCGAUGACUCCCUCUGGCCUGCCUAG